GGGGCUGGGCCUGACCAUCACUAGACGUGUCUGCCAUGAGCUCCGUACAACAGCCGUGGACAUCGACAAUAUUAACUACAAUGCCAUCCCCAAAACGCACCCAGCCGGGUACCGCAAUGCCUCUAAUGACAGGGGAGAGCUCCGAUCCGAACCUGGAGACACACGCUCCGGACAGCGGACAGACACAGCACCCAUGACCUGUCCACCAGGCAAGUCCCAUGGAGGGUGUAAACGGCCGUUCCUCCAGCCGGGGGCCGCGGGUAAACCACAAAACACCCAUUCCCCCCCCCCCGGUCCAUACGGAAAGUACGGCAACCUCACAACGCCGCCCAGACAGCCCGAGCAAGGCCCAAGAGGCUCACCUAAAAUGGCUGCCGCCCAGGGAAAACUACAGCCACAAGCCGGCUUGGGGGUACAGGAGUGGAUGAUUUCAUUCAAUGCCAGAUUUGAGGCAAUGUGUCAGGACUUUUGGGAGCGACUCAAACGCAGACCUCAGGUGAAACUGACCCCUGUUGCCUCAGAGCCCCAAAAUGCACCUACAGCGGUUAAAUUAAUGCCUAAUUCAGGACUCACCCCACAGCACGACACACUCCCACCCGCACCCCCUGCAUCACGCGGGAGGGAAAAUGCAGGAAUCCAUUCCUGCUCUUCUUCCAAGCUGAGGACCCAAGUGGUGGUGGCCCCCCACAGCUGUCCAUACACCUCGGGGUAUCUCUGCGACCCAGCAGACCCAGGGGCCCACAAUCCUGGAGAAGGGAUCAAUGAAAUACAGGCAGAGGUGCCCGCACAGGCUUUGGGCCAAAGAUGCAGGGAACAUGGACCCCGCAGACCCUCCAGCCGGCAGCAGGACAGUGCACAUACCCCCUGCAGACGAGUCACCUGGAGAGACGAAGAGGGAACAGAGGACUAA